AUGCGUGCCCCGUCCCCGCUCGUCCUUCGGAGCUGGGGCUCACGACUUGGUCCACGCAAAUGUCUCAAUUCAUUCCGCCAGCCGACAAAUAUUAUGCGACCAGCUUAUAGAACAGUAGCAAGUUAUACACAUCCUCACCAUGCGUCAGCGCUCUCCGUCCUUCCCACAGCAGUCGAUACCUCCUCACAGGAGUACUGCGAAAACAGCGAACAAAUGCAAGAGCUCCUAGACCGGAUGAACAGCCUACACACGAAAAUUGCACGCGGAGGAAACGACAAAGCGCGCGAGAAGCACAUCGCCCGCGUCGACCCAGGCACCUCCUUCCUGGAGCUAUCAGCACUGGCAGGACACGGCGUCUACGAAGGCGAGGACGUUCCAGCAGGUGGUAUUAUUACCGGCAUUGGAAUGGUCGAGGGUGUCAACUGCAUGAUCGUCGCCAACGACAGCACCGUCAAGGGUGGCACCUACUACCCUAUCACAGUGAAAAAGCACCUCCGCGCACAGGCGAUUGCUCAAGAGAACCGCCUGCCCUGUAUCUAUUUGGUUGACUCCGGUGGCGCAAACCUGCCUCACCAGGCAGAUGUGUUCCCAGACCGCGAUCACUUCGGCCGGAUCUUCUUCAACCAAGCCCGCAUGAGCUCCCUCGGUAUCCCACAACUCUCUGUUGUUAUGGGUCCCUGCACAGCGGGUGGCGCAUACGUGCCUGCUAUGAGCGAUGAGACCAUCAUCGUUGAGAACCAGGGUACAAUCUUCCUGGCAGGCCCGCCUCUCGUCAAGGCCGCGACGGGCGAGGAGGUCUCUGCCGAGGACCUGGGUGGCGGCCAGCUGCAUUCGAGCAUCUCCGGUGUAACGGACUACCUGGCUGUCGACGAUGCACACGCUAUUGUCCUUGCUCGCCGCUCCGUCGCGAAUCUCAACUACCCUACCACGACAACUCCGCUCCAGCUGGAGAACGGUAAUGGAGACUCACUUGUCGUGAAAGAACCGCUGUACGACCCUAAUGAGCUAAACGGGAUCGUUGGCACGAAUCUACGUCGCCAGAUCCCUGUACACGAGGUCAUCGCGCGGAUUGUCGAUGGCAGUGAAUUCGCCGAGUUUAAGCGUGACUAUGGCUCGACCCUGGUAACUGGCUUUGCCCGCAUCCACGGCCAUCGCGUCGGUAUCGUUGCUAACAAUGGAAUCUUGUUCUCCGAGUCCUCUCUCAAGGGAGCACACUUCAUUGAGCUCUGUGCCCAACGGCGGAUCCCUCUUGUUUUCUUGCAGAAUAUCUCAGGCUUCAUGGUCGGCGCUGAUGCCGAGAAGGGCGGUAUCGCGAAGAACGGUGCCAAGCUUGUCACUGCUGUUGCAUGCGCCGAUGUCCCCAAGUUCACUGUUGUAUUUGGGUCCAGUGCUGGUGCUGGUAACUACGGGAUGUGUGGUCGUGCCUACUCGCCUCGUCUUCUCUUCAUGUGGCCUAAUGCGAAGAUCGGUGUCAUGGGCUCUGAGCAACUCUCUGCCGUUAUGGAGGCUGUCGGACGAUCCGCUGAUCCGGCUUUGAAAGAUCGCAUUGACCGUGAAUCUGAAGCGACAUUUUCUUCGGCUCGUUUGUGGGAUGAUGGUAUCAUCCCGCCAUCUCAGACGAGGAAAAUGCUAGGGUUGGGUCUGGCAGCUGCGCUCAGUGGUAAGGCUGAGCCGGAUGUGCAAACUAGGUUUGGCGUGUUCCGGAUGUAG